CGGCUAUCUGAUUGGGGAUGUUCCUCUGUGCAGUUACCUGUGUGUCAUGUGUCUGGGGUGAGGACACGCCCCGCGCUAUUGUCACUUCCUAGUUGGCAGUAGUAACAUUUGUUACAACUCGAUUUCUUUGUUUUGUCUGCAUGUUGGGGGUCUCUGCUUAGCCUAACACUGGUCACUUGUGGCGUAGCUCAUUGGUUUGAUAAGCUAUAGAUCCAGUGGCUCACUGUUGGAUGUCAGGAGCUGUGUUUAUGGAUUAGUGUGUACUGUGUUUUUCAGCAGUGGAUUCAAUAGUUCGUGACUGGCUUCGUGUACUUAAUAAUUAGCUUACCUCCUUUGAAAACACCUGGCUGCAUAGAAUAUUUGUUUUAGUGCGUUAAAAUUAUAUCUAUAAGAUUACUCAUUUACUGUGUUGAAUCUUUUAAUCAACUGUCUAAAGUUUAAAAGUUGAGAAGAUUUAGAUCUAGAUCUUCUAGCGCUACGUUUACCAAUCAGGAGUAAUAUCUAGGGAUAUAAGACUACAGGAAAAAUGGCAGACAUUGAUUUUAGGAAAAAGGUGAAAGAAAUUAUCCCAAGUGAAGAUGAGAGAGAAAAAUUAUUUACUCUACUCCGCCAGUACCAGGCUUCCAGAGAUUUGAAUAGAUUGUUGUUUGACUUGAGGAUUCUGCUCAAUGAGCCAAAUAAAUUGGAGCUAUAUGACAUUAUGAGGCCCAUGAUAUUGAUGAAACAUCAGAUAGAGUACAGUAAAAAGGUGCCUGCGGUGCCAGGUGUUAAACUCAGAUUGGUUAGACUCAUACGACGGCCAGGGGAGAGUCUGGGCUUUUCUGUCAGGGGAGGCUAUGAGCAUGGAGUGGGUAUAUUUGUCACCCAAGUUACUCCAGAUUCUCAAGCUGACAGACAAGGGCUUAGGGUGGGUGAUGAAAUAGUGCGUGUGAAUGGUUUCAACAUUUCUGAAGCUAUCCAUGAAGAUGUGCUCAACUUGAUCAAAUCUAAAGAUGAAAUUCUGCUCAAAGUGACAUAUAUUGGAAUGGUUCCUCAGAAAACAGAACCAUCAGAGCCUGUCAAAUGGGAUUAUGUGAAACAAUUGUUGGAUGAUUCUGUGGAGGACGAGGCACUGAGUCGAAAAGGAAGGCCAAGAGACAUUAAAAUUUUUGUUGACAGUACAGGCUAUGCUUCUAUUGGAUGCAGUAUUCUGAGUGACCCUGGACCUGCGGCUCGAUACCCUGGCAUAUAUAUUGUGAAAGUAACGCCAGGAAGUAUAGCGGAGGAGGUUGGACUUGAGCCUGGUGACCAGAUCAUUGAGGUCAACGACACCAGCUUUAGAAACAUAACUUGGAAAGAGGCUGUGCUUGCUCUAAAGAGUAGUCGACAGCUUCAUAUGAUUAUUAGGAAGAAAACAGGCUCUCAGCUCCUUCAAAGACUGAACAACAGGAGAGACAGCAACACAAGCAACAUCACAUCUCUCAGGAGAGACAGCAAUACCAGCAACAUGGCACCUAUACCGAGAUCUAGCAUUGACUAUGGUUCCAAUGCACUCAGCUAUGACAGCAACAAGGAGCUGCCCCCUAUUCCAAGUAGCCCAGACGCAGACAUUCCAGCCCUGCAACUUUCACCUGAAAAGGAAGAGAGAAGGAGUUCUCAAGCAUGGAAUCACAGUCUCCAUUUUGAGGAACUGAAGUUUGUCCAGCAGGAGUUGGCUAGGAAGCGCCAACUAGAAGGUCCUUCAGUCCCUCCUCCUAGUUCUGACCACUCGCCCAGAGCUACCCCACCGUCCAUGCUGAGCACAAUGGCUGAGGUCCACGAUUCAUCAAUAGGAGUCCGGCGUCCAAGCACAGAUCCUUCAUUGCUGAGUGGGGCUGCAGCCAUCAUGGCAGAACGAAAGCUGAGUAAACAAUUUAACUCUCUGGCUCUGCUAGGACCACUGGCAGACUAUGAGUGGAUCAGUAAAGUGCCAGGACAUAUCUAUGAACUAUUUAAGUUGGAAGACUUGGAUGGAAGACCACUCAAAGGAUUAGUCUACAAAAAGAACCUUGACCUUGGCAUUGAUAUUGAAGGAGGAAUAGGCUCGCCGUUAGGGGGCCGCAUUCUGGUUUCUGCUGUGUAUGAAGGAGGUGUGGCUCAGCUCAGCGGUCAAAUCCAGGUUGGAGACCAGCUGAUGAUGGUCAAUGGUCAGUCUUUACUGAAUAUAACAAUUCAGCAAGCUGAACAGAUAUUGCAGCAAGCAUCUCUUACAAACAGGGAUCAGAUUGACAUUUAUUAUUGUGAGACAACAUUGGUGAAUGAUGAAGACAACACGACCUAUUUUUAAAUAGACCACACCUUCCAAUGACCAAGAUGUCAGAUGGACUUGAUUGUUUACCUUGACAGCAUUUAAUCAACAUACUGACUGACCCUUUCAGUCUGUUGUAGUCACUUAAUUAUCAGCACAGUUCUAGAAAUAUGUGUCAUGUGCAUAUAUUAAGUCUGAUUGGAUUUUAUAGCGAGAACUUCAAAGUCUGAACAUUUUGUCAAAAACAGUUUCAAUAUUCAAGAGGAUUUUUAUAUGUACAAAUUCACUUCGUAUUUAUUCUUCUUUUAGACAGAUUUUAAUUUGAUGACUUUGCUAGCUAUAUGAAUAUAAUGACUGUUGGUACUGUUGAGUACAUUCUAGACUUGACAUCACUCUAAUUAAGUAUUGAAACAGUGUUGUGCAUUUUGUCUAAAUUCAGAAGGGGUAAAUUGGCAAUUUUUAUAAGUUUUCAGUUUCAAACAAUAUCAAGGUGCUUAUAUUAAAAGGUCACUUACCAACUAAAAAUAAAAAUUAGUUUGUGCUAGCAGUGAAAGAGCUUGGAAAGUUGAUUUCACACAUUACUAAAUAGUGUAAUUAACUCACAGUCUACUUACUAAUUGACAUAGCUAGUCAACCCUUCCCUACACAGCUAGCUAGCUAUUAUAGAAGAACAUCCCUUAUGAUAGAAAGGACAUUUUUGGGAACAAGGAUGACACAAAAUAAACUACUGAACUAAUUGGGCAGAUACUUGAUAUAAUUACCUAGUCAGGACUGAACUAAUUGGGCACUGAUACUUGAUAUAAUUACCUAGUCAGGACUGAACUAAUUGGGCACUGAUACUUGAUAUAAUUACCUAGUCAGGACUGAACUAAUUGGGCACUGAUACUUGAUAUAAUUACCUAGUCAGACAAGUUUUUACUAAUUAAUACAUUUGGAAUGUUUACUUUCCACUUGUAAAGGGGCAGCUGAAAUCUUGAAGUGAAGCUGUAGUCGAGCAUCUAGGGAAGUAUUAUCGAUUCAUAGCAUAGUAUGCAUAGACAAACAAUUGUCAUUGUUAGAUUCUAAUUGGAUGAAAUGAAUGUAUUUAUUACUUGUGUUGUCCUGUUGUUUUUGAACUGUGAUUGACUUGAUUGUUACUAGUCAUCUCUGUGUUAAUUGUAGAUAUAAAACUUUGUAAUAAACUAUUUUCUACAGAA